CUACAUUAUACCGGUAGUUGAUUUGUUUACCUAUGUGUGAUUUAUCUUUUAACACUUUGAUGUUUUGUUGUAAUUAGUAUUAAUAAAUAAAAUUUAAUUUUUUCGAUACGCAUAUCGCCGUGUCGAUUUGCACUACGUUAAAAAAAUUCUAUUCGCGUGGGUGGUUAUUAUCUGUUAUGUUGGGAAGCAGGUAUUAUUAUAAUGUAGUAACAUUUGCAUAAAUUUUCUGUUGAAUAUAAUUAUAUCAAUGGAGUUUGACGAUAAGAAUUAAAAUAUACACAUGAAUUUAUAAUAUAAGGGAAGAUUCGUUUCAAACAUAUAGUCAAUUAUGAAUGAAAGUGAUUUUAAAAAUAUAUUAGCUACUACUGCAUCAAUAUGUACAAUUCUACAAUUUUUGACUGGAACACUCACCUGUCAAAAAGUUGUUCAAAAUAAAAGUACAGGUGACAUAUCUGCGUUUCCUUUCGUGAGUGGUUGCCUUUCAACGAGUUUAUGGCUUAGAUAUGGCUUCUUAAUCAAUGACAGUUCUAUAAUUUUAGUGAAUACUGUUGGUGCCACUUUGUUUUUUGCAUAUGUUAUCACAUUCUAUUUAUACAGUAUUAACAAAACAGUCAUCCUUCGUCAAUUUUUAUGUUGUUUAUUCCUUUUAAUUAUAAUCUUACUUCAUAUUCAUAACAAUGUGGACAACACAGAACUCGUUAGAGUACAUUUAGGAUUGAUGUGUUGUGGAGUAACAGUAUUAUUCUUCGCUGCCCCAUUGGCGUCGCUUUUGCACGUGAUCAAAGUGAAAAAUACAGAAAGUCUACCCUACCAUUUGAUCUUCGCCACAUUUAUCGUUUCCUUACAAUGGUUAAUUUAUGGAUUGGUGUUAAAAGACCAAUUUGUUCAAAUUCCUAAUUUCAUAGGAUGUAUUCUAUCUGGGUUUCAGCUGAGUUUAUUUUUGAUAUACCCCAAAAAAGUGAAAGUAUAUUCCAAUGUUUGAGACAUAAUUAAAUGUAUUUUAAUUUAUUGAUGAUAUAUAUUAAAUAUAAAAUAAAUAUAUCAAGUCUA